AACACCCCCAACUCAUUCUCCCCAUCCAAUCAGAUUUCCGAGCUGGAGCGUGAGCGGCAGCACCUGUCCGAGGCGGUGACCUCACUGCGGGAGCGGGCACAGGCCAACAGUGAGGCAUGCGUCCGCGAGGUGGAGGCGGAGAAUCGGCAGCUGCAUCAGGCCUUGACCGACGUAGGCAGCCAAUUGGCCAGCCUGGAGAGCCAGCUGAAGUUGGCCAAUGAGGAGGCGGGCUGUCUGCAGGAGAAGGCCAGACGAUGCGAGGAACUGGAGCGGGAGGCGGUGCGACUGGAGCAGUGCCGAGACGGGCUGAACAGAGAGCUGGCCUCCCGGCUCUCCUCCAAAGAGCGUGCCGAGGCCCUGGAGAAGGAGGUGGCCUCCCUGGAGCAGGAGUCCCGGCGGCUGAAGCGGGAGGCGGAGGAGGUGGCGAGGCUGGGGGCUCAGCGCACUGUCCGGCGCGAGGAGGAGAGCCGCCUUCUGGCCCAGGAGAACAGGGAGCUGCGACGCUCCUCGGAGGGCUUGCGCUCGGCAGCGGCGCGGCUGGCCGCGCUGCAGGAGGAGCACAGCCGCGUGCAGCAGGAGCAUGAGGAACUGGCGGGGCGGCUGGAGGAGGCUCGCGAGGAGUCGCGAGUCGAGCGCCGACAAGCCGAGCAGACGGCAGCCGCGCUGUCGCAAGAGAAGUGUCGGCUGGAAGAGGCGCUGGAGCGCACCCAAGACGAGAAGGAGGAGGCGGAGAGGACGCGGCAGGAGGAGAGAGAGGCGAGGCGGCGUGAGGCCGGCGAGCUUCGGGAGGAGAGGAGAAGGAGGGAAGAGGCGGAGGAGGAGCGGAGGAGGAUCGUGACAGACCUAGAGCAGUCGGAGAAGGAGCGCAAGGGGAUGGAGAAGGAGACAUGGCGGCUCCGCAAUCAGCUGGAGGCCAAGGAGGCGGAGCUGGAGGAAAAGGAGGCGUGUUUGACCAAGGCCAGGAAGGAAAGCGGGGCACAGGGGAAGGAGCUGGAGCGGCUGAAAGAAGCCUCGGUCAGGGUGAAGGAGCUGGAGAGGGACAGCAAGGAGCUCCAGAAGCAGGCCACUAUCGACCUGAGGACCCUGGCGACGCUCCGAGAGGAGCUGGUUUCUGAAAAGCUGAAUGGUCAGCAGCAGAACCUGGAGUUGGAGAGCCUGAACCAGGAGCUGGAGAAGGUUGGACUGAACCGGGAGAGACUUCUGCAGCAGGAACACAGCCUGGAGGACAGUAAGUACAGACUGUUGGAGUCCCGUCUGGAGGAGACUGUGCAGCAGACCAUGAAGCUCAAAGAGCAGAAGAUCUCCAGUUUGAAGCAGAAACUGCAGGAGAGCAACACACUCAACACCACCCUGCGGUCCGAGCUCACCUCUACUCGCCAGACGGUGUCGUCUCUUCGGCAAGAGAAAGAAGAGAACUGCAACCAGAACUUACUGCCGCGGACCGUAGGCCAAUCUCAGAUUCAGGUGUCGGCCACAGCCGAACUGCUGCGGGUGAAAGACCACCUUAUUGAUCUGGAGAAGAACAACUCCUCCUUGCAGACGGAGAGCAGCCUCCUGAAGGAGCAGCUGAAGCAGCUGGACAACCAGAAUAGCUCCCUCAACAGUCAGAUGGCCGCCCAGCAGAGACACACCGUCUCACUGCAGGAGCAGAACACCAGCCUGCACACACAGACGGCCAGACUACAGGUGGAGAACUCCACGCUCUCCUCACAGAGUGCCUCCCUCAUGGCCCAGAAUGCAGUGCUUCAGGGGCAGGUGGUGGCCCUGGAGACAGAGGUGGAGUCGUGGCACCGUCAGCGCGACGAAGCGUGGCAGGGCCGUGAGAACGUGCUGAGUGACCACGAGCGUCUGCUCAACGUCCACGAGCGGCAGGCACACGAGUACGAGCAGCUCAUCAGCCAGCACGCCGCCCUGAAGGUCAAGCAGAGGGCACUGGAGGGCGAGCACAGGGCGCUGCACAACAAGUACUGUUCCUUACUGCAGCACAAAGAGAAGUGGGAGGCACAGGAGGGGCGUGGCCAGAAAGAGAAGGAAGAGCUAAACCAGGAGGUGGAAAAUAAUCGGCUCCUGCAGCAAGAGAGUCUGCAACUUAAGGCAGAAGUAGACCGAAUGACACAAAGCCAAUCCCAGCAUAAUGCGGAGAUUGAGGGGCUGCAGCACCGAAACAAUGAGCUGAAGACCUUGCUAAGCUCCGCCAAAACAGAAACAAGCCAAUGUAUGAAGCAAUAUGAUUCGCUGAUGGAGCAGCACCGAGUUGUGGACCUAUCGAUGGUCAAGCUGGAUAACCAUUGUGAGCUGCUGAGUCGACUGAAGGGGAACCUGGAGGAGGAGAAUCACCACCUACUGAGCCAGAUCAGCCUGCUGAGCCAGCAGAACCACGCCCUGCUGGAGAGGAGCAUGGAGAGCAAGGAGCUGUACCACGCCGAGCAGAAGCUCUACAUUGAUAAGCUGAAUGCUCUGCGGCGCCACAAGGAGAAGCUGGAGGAGAAGAUUAUGGACCAGUACAAGUUCCACGACCCAACGCCUAAAAAGAGGAGCCACUGGUCGGGGGCCAAGGCGCUGGCUAAGCUCAUCAAACCACGGAAGGAGAGCGGCAGCAGGGACAAGGAUGAAGACUGGGAGAGGGCCAGGAGCGCCCCAGACAUCCCCCUGCCCUCGCCACCGCCCCUGCUCCUGCCCAACGACGACCACCCGCCACCGCUCCCCCCGCGGAUGGGAAGUGACACGCCAGACAAUGGCAGCCAAGUCUUCAAUCAGCACAGCAGUCCCGUUCUCAUGUCGCCAGCACUCACACCGGGCGGCCGAGGUUUGAGUGACAGGGGACGAGGCUUGUACCGUAAUAGUACACCAGGGGGCAGCAAUGAGAAUGUAACUGAAGAAGAGGGACAAGGACAGCAAGCUCUCAGUUGUACUCCCAGCCAACCGGCCCUGGGCCUGGGGGGUAACUCUAGCUCCAGGCAGGCACAAGGAGCUGGGUGCAGGCCCAGAGGUUUGGUUUUCAAUGAGGACUUGCAUCUCAAUUCCCCAGACUCCAUUUUGGGUCACCGUGGCCACCUGAAUGGUCGUCCAGGAUCGAUUGACUUGAGCCACAACACCUCCGGCUCCAACUCCCCUGUCUACUAUAGGGAGACCUCAGAUCGCCAUUGUCGCUCUUCCAGCCUCUCUAGCGACGAUGUCAUGGCUCUGAGUAAAUCACAGCCCUCCCUGUCGCGUAGCUCCACCCUCCCUUAUGACCACACCCCUCAGAGAGCUCAACCACAGCGGGGGACCUCCGGCCUCCGGGCAAAGCCUCCCCGCUCCUCCUCUCCAGGAAGUGAGAUGGUGUCCCUGGAACAGUUUCUACAAGAGAGCAACAUACAGUCCCCUCCGACGGUCUCCACCGGCAGCAAGGAAGAUUUGAUGGCCGACUAUUUCACCAGAAGUCCCGCCCUCUCGGCCCCGGCUGAGCGGGAACAGGCCCUUCCCACCCAUUAUGUCACACCCACCGUCCAGCCGGGCAAUCAGAGGCCAGGCCAGACCGUUAAGCCUUUUCCCCGCCUCCCUGUAGGUCAAACACCCAGCCAAUCACCGAGCAGGGCCUACAGCCAAUCACCGAGCAGGGCCUACAGCCAAUCACCGAGCAGGGCCUACAGCCUGGCCUCGGCCGACCUGCUCCGUUCCAACGGAGCGGACGUCUACCGUGCAGACGACAGCCCCCUGGGCCAACCGGAGGUCCUGCUCAGAAGACCAGGGGGGCCGACCAACGGCAGCCAACGUCCACUUUCUGCAUGCGUCGCCGGUUCAGGCAGCUUACCGGGAGAGGGAGGGUGUCCGACGGCUCCUCUCCACCACUCAUCCUCUCUCAAUCUGCAAACGGAGAGGUACGCAGAAAGAGAGAGAGAGAGGGAGAGAGAAAGAGUUCCAACCUCCAUCUCUACCACUUCGCUCUCCUAUCACCAUCGAGGAGAGGUUGCCAUGGUGUCGCCGGUGAGGGCGGUCCAAUCACCACGCUCUGAUGACGAGCCCGAGCAGAGGGAGGGGCGGAGGGAGGGCAACGAUAAAGGCGGUGAGAUAGCACGGUGUGCUUCUGCCGAACGUCUCGAUAGCAAACCAGCCUCCCCGGACCCCAACAACGACCCCCAGACCGUUUGGUACGAGUACGGCUGUGUCUAAAUCCUGGACUCAACUUGGAUGGUGUGCUGAUCUUGUUGAGUUCUUGUCUUUAACUGGGGGGGUACCCUGCUACAACCCUACUGGCUUGGCUCUGUACGGGCUACUUAAACAACACCCUGCUACAACCCUACUGGCUGGGCUCUGUGUGGGCUACUUAAACAAUACCCUGCUACAACCCUACUGGCUGGGCUUUAUACGGGCUCUUUAAACAGCUUACCCCUGCAUACAGAAAACUGCACCUGGAUAUUGUCAUUGUACCGAACCGUACUGAAGAUUCAAUGAGCUCAUCAAAAUGCAUUAUUUUAUUAUAUAUCUGGAGUUCUUCAACAUUCAGCUAUUGUUGAACCUGGAGGUGUAAGGAUGAUUAUAUAUUGGCCCUUCCUUCAUACACUCUACAUGACUCAUUCCACAUGGCACAAUACGCCUACUAAAAUGCUGAAUGGCAUACCGGAGUCCGUUUUGGUAACGCCGACGUGAACUUCCAACUGGAUACUUGCUACUGACUUCUUGGGCUCGGUCGGCCAUCCACAACGAUCCACUGCUGGACUUCAUUCCCUGCUCACUCUCGUCUUUGGAGAGAGCAGAUACAAGGAAACCACCGUAGAGGAUGCGCUGGCUUGAUUGUUCUCAGUGCUUGAUGUAUCCUGACCUUACUUUCAAAGUUGAACUAAAGCUACCAUUAAAUACGCUGUGUGGACGUGUGCUCUCGACCAAAGAUUUGCCAUCUUAAUGAACAGAAAGGAGGGGGAACUUUUAAGAAAUAUGCAACUAGAGGAAACUCAUGUAAUUUUGAGCUCCCCUCUGAAAGCGAAAACCAAUGAUGUGGUUAUUGGUUUACAAACUAGAGUUUGGUGGUUUCACUGUGAAAACCAUCACCAUUUUCCAUCCCAGUGUAACACUGGCUCAACACCUCUAAAACACAACAUAGCAGGUUGCAGUUCAGUUUGGUUUGAGGUUUUCAUUGUCAGGCCGCUAAUGGGUAGAUGGAUAAAAAUUGACAUGACAUUUUCUCAUCCUGUGCGUUUGAUGCUAAUAACACAACUAGAAGAUGGAAAGGGUCUGGCCAGAGAGAGAGGGAUGUGCAGGAAGUUAUGAGGGAGGAGGAUACUUGGGUACAAAAUUGGGAAGAUGACAGAUGGAGGAGGAUACUGGGAUACAAAGGGAGAGGUGACAAACGAAGGAGGAUACUGGGAUACAACAAGGGGGAAGAAGACAAGACGGAGGAGGCAGGGAGACGGAGGACUGCGGGAGAGGGAACAUACAAGAUUAAUUACAAUCUUAUAUGUUCCCUCUACUGUCUGUCUGUACUCCAUCUUUAUGACCUAUCGACACUGACUAAUACCACUUACCCUACCCUUAUGUAUAACACGGUGCCUUACAGUACAAACAAACACAUCGUUCUUCAUAUGUCAAGCACCAUCUUGGGAAAUGUGUGGCUUGACUAAUGCUUGAUGGACAACCCCCACACACCGUUUUGAACUCGGUAACAUCACUAGGUCGUUUCACUGUAUUGGUGGCUAUAGAGAAGGUUAUAAGAGGGAUGCAUUUACACAUGUAGGCUGAGACAUGAGUGUGAAGUGUUUUGUUUUAACGGCAAUCAAAUAACAUUAACUACAAACUACAGCGGAACCACAGGGAGAACUCAUGAUUAUGACCAACAUAAUCCACUGGGCACCAAUUCAAGAAGCUGCAUUUCCACACGAUUCUUUUGUUUUGAGUCGUUUGAUGUGGUGGGUUAUCUGGUUCAACUAGGAAUGCUCCGAUUCCUAAAGAGAGGUCCGAUUAUCAAUAAAGGUUGUUGAUGAACUUUCAAUGGCCUUAAUGUUCCUUUGGGUGUGCUACAAAUGAACUGUGAAACUCGCAUGAAACCACACCCAAUAUGUCCUGAUGAACUGGACUAUCAGGAAAUGUACAGUGGAGUACUUUUGAUCUGAUUAAGCUUUAGCUGCAAGUAAUAAAAAAAUAUUCAUAUUAUUAAAGUAGUCAAAGCAUUUAUGUUAAGGUACAUUACCUUAUGCAAAUAUCAACCAAUAUUUUGUUUAUGAAAAAAAGCUGAGGGUAUUUUUGUUUGUGUUGUCCGAUUAUUUGUACCACUGGGAAUGUUAACAGUAGUACAAAUUUGUAAGAAUGUACAGUACUUUAAUACAAUUAAAUAAAGAUACAGUUGAGUAUCAUGCUAAAUCUAGUUUAAGAUCCCACUGUUUGUAAAAAGAAAAUGUCAUACUUUUGUGUACUUUACAAUACUAAUUCACAUUUUCUCAGCUCGUAAACUGGCCCAUGUAAAACACAUGCGUGAUGAAAUGGUGGUGGGCGACUUGCCUGUCUAACCUGCUAUACAUGAAUGUGUGAAGCCUGAGGAUUGUUGUUGUUCUUCUCCCAUUUUGCACUUGGACCAAGAAAAAGGUCCAGCCGGGGAAUACAGUGAUGACCCCCGAAGUGGGACUGUGUGUGUGUGCGAGUGAUUUUGUGGCGUGAAUAAAAUGUUUGAGACUUUAUGAAACCUCAUGUCAAGUUCGAUGAUCAUGAGACGGAUGCAUUUUUUACCAGUUUUUCGCAAGUGUCCUCUAUUAUUGCUAGCCAAGAGGGUGUGUUGCCAUAAAUCCUGUGGUCUGCUUUUUAAGAAUCGAGCCAAGAAACCAAGCUUUCAUUAGUCUCGAUCGCAGGAUUUAUUCUGCACAAGGACAUUUAUUACAAAUCUUGACUUUGACUUUAUGCUUAUAACAUUGAACUGACUCAUGAACGACUGACAUCAACUUCAGAGAUAUGCAACUCAAUGGUAUAAUAAUUGACCGCUGGCAAAUGAAGUGGAUUUCUUUGCCGUCUUUCGUAUAACUCCGCAAGUAGUAAGGUAACUUAUCAACCCCAGCGUACUAGGUUGCUAAGCAACAACAACUUAUUUAGCAGACUAUUUCUCUGCUGAUCAACAGUUCGAAUGCUGGUAACAAACACAUUUUAAAAAGACACCGUGUGAAGUUAUUUUUUCGUUUUGGCAAGUAGCAGUGUAAUAAGUGGGAUAAUGUACAGAACGUCGCCGGUCAUUAUCGAAAAUAAGCCCCUUCAU